AUGGAGGGGAUUGUUGAAGGCUGUCUGGGGUUUCUAUACGAUCUGCUGCUGGUGGUCUGUGUUGGGCUUCUGCGGGUUGCUGAGGGCCGGUCGCUCACAGGUUGUGAUUCGGGUUUUGGUCAUGAUCUGGCCAGGUUUUUAGACAGCGCAGGGAUGAGGGUGUUUGCAGGGGUUCUGGAUGAACUCAGUCCUGGAGCUCUGGAGCUUAAGAAAGCUGCAUCACCAAACCUCACCGUCCUACAGUUAGACAUCACCAACAGCAGCCAGAUCACACAGGCACACCAGUACAUCCAGAGCCAAACAGGUGAGAAAACCUCACUGACUUACACUGAAGAAGAGAUCUGA